AUGCAAUGGGCACGAUACUUGACCCAGUUCCAGGCAGAGCCAAUCGCCGACAGGGCAUCAGUUACUCACGUCACAAGGAAGCAAAGGCAGAGCUCGUAUCAAAAGUGGCAAAUCUUUUUCCGCAAUGUGCUAGACUUGGACCCGGAUGACAUCUGGCUUCGGCUCUGUGACGGAAAUCCCGAAUCAAUAGGAUACUGCCAGGCCUUUCUUCACGAUUAUGUCGUCAACUCAUUGGAGAAACGGGUCAGUCUUGGACCAGAAGAGUACGAGCUUGCGAGGACUGUGACUUGCACCAAGACGAUAUUGGAAGUUUGGAAGGGCUUGGUAAGGCAUGCCGACGAUCACGUUCUACAGGCAAAAAGGAGAAGUGAUCCAAAGAAGUCGGCGCACUGGACGCUGUCGGUGUCAGAGCGUUGCACAGGACCAGUGUCCAAGAUCAGCCUGUGGAUCCGAGAGGGACUGACAGACUCGCUGGGAUUACAACGCGACCAAACGUUCGAGAAGGUGGAGAUGACCGAGAAAGAUGUCUUGUUGAUUUUGACGACAUUGUGGCAACGGGCAGACGAUAUACCCUGCACCGCAUCUGAACGCGUUGCCUUCCACUUUGUGGUUCUGAUGAUGGCCAUCGGAGGCUUUCGUCAGGGGACAUUGACGCGCUUUCUACUGUCAUUUAGCGUGACAUCCAUGCCUUGCCUUCUUACCGACCUCUCGAGCUUGAUCAUCAGCAAGGCUCUCAAGGAUAAAGCAUUCAGCGGAAAGUAUGGCUCCGCUCUCGAGAUGCUGUCGGUACCAAAUCUGCAAGGACAACAUCUUAUACCACUGCCGUGGGAUAAAUCCAUGCUGGAACGCCCCAUAUUCGAGAUAUCGCCCCAAAAGUACCAUCAAAUAUGGCAGCGCACUCUGCUCGUGCUAGGCUGCCGAAGAAUGGAUCGCCCCUACUCCUUGCGCGUAGGCGCGGCUGGACGAGUGGAUGACCCGCAUCCAGAGGAUUACGCAAAGUGGAAUCAGCGGAGCGAUAUACAAGAGCUCGACAAGCAACUUGCCGAGGUCCCACGUACAACGGCAGCUGACAAAGAGAACGCACAGAGGAUUGCAUCUCGGCGUGGCCAUAUUGUGGCGACACUGUCGAAACUCCAAGUUAUGCAACGUCGUGAGGAAUACUUUCUUGAGGCCGACAGGUUAAGAGGCCAGGGACGUUCAACAGAGCACCUCGUCAGCAGAACGAUGCGUCCGAAAGCCGGACGCUAUACUGUCAGUUCAGCAGCCGCGACGAUUAUCAGCCGCUACAUGCAGAUAACUCCGCUCCCCCUGAAGCCGUACGACCUAGAGGAGAUCCGCAAAAGUCGGAAGCGUGCAGCCACCAAGUUUUCCAAGCGCCGCAAGACGUUCUUGCGCAGGGCGCAUGAUCUGUCGCAAGAUUGUCAGGCCAAGGUGUACACCUUCAUCGAAUACAAUCGCCGCACAUGGGUCUUUACGAGCGAGCCGGAUCAAGCGUCAUUUCCGCCUACAAAGGAUGAGAUUCUUCGAAUCUACCCGCUUCCGGAGAUAUUCAUACCUAGCAUGUUCUCCACCUUGCCUCAGGUUCACAACGACAAGCAUGACGUGGUAGAUUCCGCGCUGUCAGACAGGUUUGAUACUCAUGUCGCUGAUCAAUGA